CAAGUCGCCCCGGUGCUAGACUUUGACGUCGGGUGUGUCGCGUGAGCUUGGCUUUGUGUAUAUUGUUUGUGAGCUCUCCUGCAGCAGCUUGACGCAAUGUUUGUACUUUGAUAAACAGAUUUGCACCAUGUCUUGGUCCGAUGGCGCCAUACCGCCCUGACUCCUGACUCUACAGAAUGCAGUGUUCGAUACAUGCCCACACUACCCACGUUAUCUCCCAGUAUCUACAGUCCCCAGCAUACACAGCACCUAGAGGUGACCACGCACCUAGAGGUGAUUAAGCACCACCACCAUGUGUCGGUUUAUGGUGUACAAGGGCAAGGACGAGAUCCUCCUCUCGGAGCUGAUCCUCAACCCCUCACACUCGAUCCUCACCCAGUCCUUCGACUCGCGCCUGCGCCUCGACCGCCGCCGCCCGCACAACGGCGACGGCUUCGGCAUCGGCUACUACACAUCCCCCUCGCUCGGCCCCGAACCCUGCGUCUUCACCUCCACGAUCCCGGCCUGGAACUGCAUCAACCUGUCGCGGCUCGCGUCGAAAACCACCUCCUCGCUGCUCUUCGCCCACGUGCGCGCGACCACCGAGGGCAACCUGAGCGAGCAGAACUGCCACCCCUUCGCGUACAAGCGGCUGCUGUUCAUGCACAACGGGGGCGUCGGGUGCUUCAAGCAAAUCAAGCGGCGGCUCGCGCUGAGUCUGGGCGAGCAGUGGUUCACCCUCGUGCAGGGCUCGACGGACUCGGAGUGGGCGUUUGCGCUGUUCCUGGACGCGCUGGAUAAGGCGGGUGUGUCGCCCGACGCCGACCCGGGGCCGGGCGGGUUCGGGCACGCGGUGCUGCGGCGCGCGAUCUUGGUGACGAUUGAGCGCAUCAACGGGUUCAUCCGCGACGUGGUGGGCGAGGCGAAUAUGGGGAAUGAGGAUAGUAGGAGUCUGCUGAAUUUCGCGGUUACGGAUGGCGAGAGCGUGGUGUGCACGCGCUACGUCAGCUCGGCGACGGACGAGGCUGCGAGUCUGUUUUUCUCCAGCGGGACGAGCUGGAAGCAGCAGGACGCGCCAGGGACGGAUGUCGAGGCCGGGGAGCGCAACUACGUGAUGGAGCGGCGCGACAAGGGGUCGGACAUCGUGCUUGUGGCCAGCGAGCCGCUGACAUUUGAGCGCGAUAACUGGGUAACAGUCCCCACAAACAGCACCCUCACCAUAUCCGCCCAAACCGUCAUGAUCCACCCCAUCAUCGACGCCUUCUACUCCCCCAACCCCGCCCACGCGCGCUCCGCCGGCUUCGCGCAGGCCAAAGGGCAGACGGUUACGGGGCCUGAUAAGCGCGUGUUGGUUGAGAAGACGGUGGAGAGCGGACUGGGCAGCGGGCUGGGCAGCGGGCUGGGUAGUGGGCUGGGGAGUCCGGGGUGUUCGAGGGGGGUAGGGGGGGUGGAGGAUGUGGUUGGGGGUGCGAUAAGGAGGUUGAGGGUGGAGUGA